UGACAGUGUUUCCAUUGUUCAGGUUUUAAAAUCAAAUGUUACAUUUCAAACCCAGUUUGGCUUAACUAUGUUUUUGUUGAGUGCAGGUAGGGUGGAGUGUGUGGAGAUGAAUUUCAGGUGUGACAGAAGGCUAGCAAAAAGAGCAAAAGUGAAGGUUUGCAAGAUUGUAGUGAGACAUGCUAUGAUUUACAGUUAGGAUCUGGAUGUUAAGAUCUUCAAUGGGAGUAACCCGAACGUACAAAACUCAAAAUAAGUAUCAGAGGGAACAGCUCAGGUUGAGGAUUUAGGAGACAAAGUUAGAGAAGCAAGUCUAAGAGGGUUUAGACAUGUGGUGAGGUUUUUAAAUACUGGAGAGGUGUAAUCGAGGGUGCUGAAUAUCGAGCUGUCAGGCAGCAGGAAAAGAGGAAGCCUGCAGGAGUAGAUAAUCUACCGGGGAGCAAACAAAGGAAGACGGAAAAGCUGUGGUUUUCCUGAUCUGCCCAGGCAACUAAUAUAUAAUAUCAGAGAUUAUAUUUCAAUCUCCACACACAUAUUCUGCUUUGGAUUUCUUCUUUCAGCAUCUAUUUUCUUCAAAAUACUGUAUGAUAUACAGAUGUAAUAGUUUGAACGCACCCACAUUGCCUAAACUAUUUUUAUUAAAAAUCAAAGGCAAAAAAAUAAAACAUCAAAAAGCAUUGUGUGUCCUGUGCUCAUCAGUCUACAUUUUAAACAUAGACAUAAACAUAGAGCAGGAGCACAAUAUAACCAAGAAGAGUUAUUGAGAGGCUCUGUGUAAUAAAAGCUACAUGCAUAUUUGUGGUUUGAAUGGUGACACUUUUUUUGUGUUUCACUUCUUUCUGUGUGAUGGUAACAGUUGCUGUGCAAUGACAUUGAUGUCUCCUUUUAUGGCGAAACCUAACAUGAGACCUUGACACACAGAAAUUUGGUACAUUUCAAAACCACUGAAAAACACAACAAUCAUUAAUGCCUGUGAAAGUGUUUCAAGGUUUGACAGGUAAAAAUAAUUGACUGUUUUUCAUUAAAUUGGUAGGCAGCUUCUUUCUUUUGUCUCUCUUUGCAGCUCUAUUGUAGUCACAUCCUGCCUGGUCAGUGUUCACACGUUCUUCCACCAACAGGAAACAUGGAAUCACUCGGACAGCUGAAAACUGUACCAGCACGCAUUGAACAGUGAGAAAAGAUGGAAGCUGUGCUUGGAUUGAUGAUUGUUCUACUGGGAGUUGCUCAGGGUGUGGAAACUUACUGUGAUGGCAGACAGGAUGGAGCUCAGUGUUAUGGAGCUUUGGGAGGAACUGUGGACAUCCAGCUGAUGGACAGCACCUCAGAAAUAUCUAGAUACCACUUGUUAAAGGAUUCAUUAAAAAUAUUGGAUGUGAAACACAAUAAGAGUUUUCAUGAUACCACAGAGAACAAAUUUCUAUUUUUUCCUAGUAAUGGAACAUUUAGGAUCAGUAGCCUAAACAGGAAUGAGCAUGGUAAUUAUACCCUUCAAACAUUUGAUUCAGAUGGAAGAAAAUCAGAUGAGUGGACUUUCAAGUUGAUCUUUCAAGCUCCUGUGUCCUCUGUCCUGCUGCUCUCUGAGUGUCUGUCCCAGGGAGAGAUGAGGGUGUCCUGCUCCUCUCAGGGAGGGGACAGUCCUCAGUACAGCUGGACUCUGGAUGGACGCACACUGACAGAUGCUGAGCUCCUUUCUGGAAAUAAUAAGAGUAACAACAUUAUUCUGAAACAGCACGUCUCAGGACAUCUGGUCUGCUCAGUGAGAAAUCAUGUCAAUAGUGUCUCCAAAGAACAAAGGAUAUGCACUUGUGGAUUCAUAUUCAUUAACUGCACUUUAUCUGAUGGGACACACAUUACAAAGUGGGUGCUUGCAACCAAAAAUACCCUGUGUAUUAAACCAACAAUGGGCCCUAUAAAAGUCUCUGACACUCCUCUAGAUAACUCCUUACUUUUAUGUGGUUUGAGAGCAGUGAUGGGAAUUCUCUUAUUAAUUGGGAUUUUCAUCUACUUUGCUUGGAAGAAAAAGAAAACUUUAAAAGCUGAAGUCUCUGCUGUCCCACAAACGAUGGACUAUCCAGACAACUCUGUUCUGAUGGUUGAAAUGAGAAGUUCUACUUCUUGCAAUGUGUAGUGUCAACUUUGAUCUACUGACAUUUCACAUCUCUGUGCGUGUGAAAAUAACACUUAGAUGACACGUAUCUCUUGUUUUUAUUCACUAAUCAUGUUUUACAUUUACACAGCUUACACUGAAUUGCAAUGAGAAGGUCUGAGUAUCUUAUGCAUUUGUAUUCUGUGGAAACUAAUAUAACAAAUGUUGUAACUGUAAGUAGAGUAGUCUUUUAAUCUGAGACAUUUUUUGGCCUAAAAUCAAAUACAUAUUACAUAACUGCAAAUAGAAAUAAUCAACCCACCAGAAACUACUGUUUGUACUAAACUGAAUUUAAACACUGUUGCAACUGGUUGAAAUCAACAGCACUGAUUCAUACUGUGUACUUUUCUUUUCUUAUUGCUACACUGUAACAAUAUAUUUGCAGGACAGGUUUAUUUAUUGCUGCGUUUUCUUGCUUACCUUGUGUAUCUGUCUGGUUCUGCCUUUUCUGUGUUUCCUUACCUUUCUGUCUUUGUGUCAAGCUCAUAUGUCAUAGUCUAGGUAUUAAUGUUAGUCAUUUCCUGUUUUAAUUUGCCAUCCCUUGUGCUUUGUGUUCUGUUUUGUUUCUCUUAUUUCAUUAGCCUGGGAUAAGUGUCUGUACUCCCACCUCUUGCCUGUUCCCUCAUCUUCCUAUAUGUUCAUGUAUGGCCUCAGUCUCAUUUAGUUUCAUGUUCUGUUCUUCCUCUAGACAGUGUGCCUCUUGCUGUGUGUUCUGCUGUUCAUGUGUCCUACCAAGUAAACCUAGUUCAUUAGUUCCUGUUUCCACCUUGAUUGAAUUAUUUUCUAUUCUGUAUUUUAGUUUUUGUUCAUUUAGCAAUAAAGCUGUUUUGAGUUUAACUUCUGUCUUUGCGUCCUAACCUUCCUGCUACACAGCCAGUGACAUGUGACACAGGAAGCAUGAUGUUUAGAGUGUGAAACAAUAGCACAGUGUGACUGUCCAUAUCUUAUCAAGAUGUACAGUUUCAGAGCUUCUGCUUAUAAGCAGAUCUGUCCACUUGAUUAGCCAAGUUUUGUUAAAAUCAACCAGCAAUUGUUGAAAUUGUAAACAAAACAUCUCAAAACCUUUGUUUUUAAAUGGAUACAUGGACUGAUACUGUGAUGAGGUCAGAAACUGCAAUAGAUUUCAAACUUGUAGAUGACUACUGUAAAACUGUUAACUAUUAAAUAGGUCAGUCCAAGAAAGCAUUGAUGAUAAAGAGUAUUCUUAUUGUUACAGCAAGUGUAAAAUACCCUAAAAAACCUUUUAUUGUCAAGAGCUGUUUAUUUUGGGUUCCUCUAAUACAUUUAGGGCCUUUGAGGUAUAGUGCAAUAAAAACUACAUUCAAUAAAAUCACUUUAAACAGAAUAUGGUCAGACAAAGCUUUAAAUGGCCAAAAAAAAACCCCAAAGAAAGCAGCAUUAUUUAUAUGUGUCAAUGGAGGGAGCCAUUAUGUGAGAUAUUUACAAUAGUUGUCUUGGUGUUAUGCCUCCAAUGUUCAGGUCUUAAAAUGAAACGAGAAGCACUCAGAGUGUGCAAACCUCUACUAAGGCAUUUACUUUGAAAGGAAUAGCAUUGUACUCAAUUUGUUUACAUUUAUUCCUUUAAAUGUUUUUGAAAAGUUUGUAGUACAAUAAAAUGGAAUAGAGUAGACCUUUAUUGUCAUUGUACAUGUACAACCUAAUUGCGGGUGCCCCACGCCACCUGUACAGGAAUAAAAUGAAGAUAAGAUGAAGAGAACGUGGUAAUGGAGGAUUUUUAGUGACUUAUCAACCACAGCACAUUCACCAUUGGAGGUUUCACAAGCAACAAGCUGAGUAAUGAGAAACCUAAGCCAACUCCACCCUUUCUUGCAUAGCCUAGGUGUGGGGGGUCUGGGUGGAGGCACAGGAGAGACACAUAGCUACUCUCAGCUCAUGCUUGAAGGUGACAGUUUGUGGCAAUAAUGUUCACUCUGUUGGGUUGUCAGGACAAGUGCACAGCAAAAUCUCCAGAGUUAAA